CAAUUAUCUUCUUUCUUUAAAAGGGGCAUCCUCAAGGCUGUUUUGUCUUUUAAGGGAAGAACUUUUCUUUUUACAGCUUUCUUUGCCUUCGCAAGUCUGCAAAUUUGUGGCGAUCUUGUGGGGUUCAAAGUGAAUAAAGGAGGAACUGAGAAAGUGAAACUGAUGCCAACCCAAGAAUGAAAACCCACCAAUAGUUGAAAGUAGAGAGGAUGCCGUAGCUUUCCUCACUUUAUUUUUUGCUUUAUAGUGAUGAUUGCUUGUUUUCGUUUUCAUGGGGAUUUGAAAAAAUCCAAAAACAUUUUAACCGUUCUUCCAGAAACAACUUAGUUUCGAGUACAUAGAGAUACAUUAGUACCACUGCUUUUUCUGUAAAUGACUAUCGGGCUGUUCUUCAUGUCUGCUGCAGAUCAUGUGGCUUGCAUGCGACCCCAUUAAGAUGGGGAAUUGAUUCCUGUUCUAGUUGAGAUAAGAAAAAAAAAAUAGGACAAAAGACAAGAGUUGGAGGGAAAACAUCGGUUUUUCUCUUGUCUUUUUAGUGUUCAGUCAUGGAGGCUACAGAGAUUUAGAAGUUAGUUUCAAGUCCCAAUAGAGCGUGUGCUGUCAGUUUUUUUUUCCUUCUGGUUUCUGUGAUUUGUACCGUGGAUAGCUAGAUAGCAAGCUUUUGCGUUAGUUUUUCGGGAGUAAAAAAAGGGAUUGGUUUUUUGUUCUUUCUUUUGAAGCCUCUAAAGGUAGUUCUUGUGCCUAUCACUUGCAGCAAUUCUCGGUGAUCUCUUGGAUCGUAUUUAACCCUCCAAUCAUUUCAGUGAAUUUGGGGUGCUGAGAAACAUCUAAUACGAGGUAGGUAUGCUGAGGAAUAGAUCUAGAGCUGUGACCAGCAAGCAAACUUUAAUGACUGACCACAAUAGUGCUCAAUCAACUUCCAAUCAGAAUUGCACUAAGCCAACAACAUCUUUUCUCGUUUCUCCAAGGUUCAAAGCUUUCACCUUUAAGGGUCUCCCUGAAGCUGAACCCGUGAUGAGUCCAACUUCAAUUCUUGACACUACUAAACCAUUCUUCCCUUUCAAAACCCCCUUUUCUAAUGUCAUAAACCAACCUAAAUCCCCUAAAGUUUUCUCAGAGUACAAACACUCAUGGGACAAAUCAGACUCAAAGGGCAUUGGUCUUGCACUUAUUGAUGAUACACCAAGCUGUGGCAAAGUAUCCAUCAAAGAGAACGAAAACCAUUUUUCUAAACCCAGUAACAGAACGGUCUUGUUUGGCACCAAGCUCAGAGUUCAAAUCCCACCACAGCCAAAUUCUAUACUAUUUCCAGUCGAGUCACCUAAAUCUCCAGGCGACUUUGGAAUUGAGACCUCCAGGAACUCACAAUUCUCUGCAUCUCCUUCAGUCCAUUCUGGCAUCCAAUCAAAGGAUUCUCCUCGGGUGUUCACGGGAUGCAUAUCAAUGAGUGAAAUGGAGCUCUCUGAAGACUAUACAUGUGUCAUAACUCAUGGGCCUAAUCCAACGACCACUCAUAUUUUUGAUAACUGCGUUGUGGAGAAUUAUUACUCUUUAUCGGAUAUGUCCAAAUCUGAGCCCAGGAGUUUCCUUAGCUCCUGUUACACUUGCAAGAAGAAUCUUCAACAGAAAAAUGACAUUUACAUCUACAGAGGUGAAAAAGCUUUCUGCAGUCAGGAAUGCCGUUGCCAAGAAAUGUUAUUAGAUGAAAUAGAGACUUGAGAAGUUGAAAGACGCUUCGGGAAAAAAGUUCUUGACAUUUUGUCCUGCGUCACAGCUCUCAAAAGUUGAUGAAAACUUAGCAUAUCAUGUCAGUUUGGCCAUUCUUCAUUAUGCUCAGUUGAGAACGAUUGAUUAUGCUCAAAUUGGGUGCUAUUUCCUUCUCCUUCUCCUCUUUUUUUUUACCUUCUCAACUGCAUAUAGAGAUAAAGAGAGGGUGAGAUACUGUUGCAGAGUGGAUUUUGUUGUCUAUCAAGAUCAUUGCUAAUUAAUUUGAUUGCCUAGUUUUCUCU